AUGUAUGGGAAUGGGUUGAGAAUAUCACACAAGUCGUGUCUUCCUAGUGCCAGCGGAGAUGGCCAUACUCCCUCAGUCGGGCAGCGAGAUCCCCUUCCCUCACCCUGUCUGGUCCUCGGAUCCCAAAAAAAGCUAACUCGUAAGCAUAGCUUCUUCAAGACCCUCAUCGACCAUGAGGUCACGGUCGAGCUCAAGAACGACAUCCAGAUUCGCGGCGUGCUCAAGAGCGUCGACCAGUACCUCAACAUCAAGCUGGACAACAUCCAGGUCCUAGAGGAGCUCAAGUACCCGCACUUGAGCGCCGUCAAGAACGUCUUCAUCCGCGGCUCCGUGGUGAGAUACGUGCAUUUGCCUGCGAGCGCCGUGGACGUUCCGCUUCUGGAGGAUGCUACGAGGAGAGGUGAGUUGCUACUACGAAUCUGA